ACAAGACUUCGGUUUAAUGCUUGUUUAGGAACAAUUUUUGGGGUCUAUAAUGUUUUUUUUUGUGAUUUUGUGAGGGUAAUCACACAAUUUACUUGAUGUUCGAGUCUGUUCUAUGCGUGUAGGAUAACGUUUUACAGGAAGUCACGAACGAUCUGUAUUCUUAACUCUCUAGAAAAAAGGAAUGACGGAACGAAUUUGUCUCACCUGUACUAAGCUCACCGCACCGGAACAAUUGGUAGUGGUCGGUGACCAUAAAGCAGUUCUGGUGGCAUUGUCCAAGCAUUUUUGGUUCAGCAAAGAUGAAAUUCAGAACAGUAUUCUCUGCUGCUCCUGCUGGGGUAAAAUAGAUGAUUUUCAACAGUUUUAUUGUGAAAUCGAGCGUCUGUACACAUCUCGUUUCCCUGCUGUCCAGGGCGAGUUUGUGGAGGUGAAACAAGAACUACAUAUUCACGAGAUAGAUGAACAAGAUAGCACCACUAUUGAUGAUACUCAGAAUGACAUCGAUGGGGAGCAAGAGCAUCCGACCGUUAAAAAGGAAAUGUUUCAUGCUGACCAAAAGUCUCUUUUCGGUGAUGACGACUACGAUGGAGGGUCGGAUGAAGCUGAAAUGUCGUCGGCUGUGAACGAGCUCGAAAUAAAGAGAUACUUAUCAGGAGGAAAUUCGUCUCCGCAGAAGCAGAGCAAAAGGGGAAAUCGAGUGGAACGAUCGGUGCAACAUUGGCGGAAGAAGCUCAAUAGUGAGCGAUUUAUCGCGGAGAACGUCAACAUCGAAUGUGACACGUGCGCACAGAAGUAUGAUAGCUUUCAGCAGCUACAGCAACAUUCGCUGGAAGAACAUCAGAGGCGGGCCUACGUGUUCUGUUGUAAACACAAGUUCAAUAAAAAACCCCGGUUGAUCGAUCACAUCCAAUUCCAUUUGAAUCCAAUGCAGUUCCAGUGCGAUAUAUGUUUGAAAACGUUCCGACACAGCGAGGCACUGAAGUACCACAAGGACAAGCUGCACAGUGGGGAAGAGAAAACUCUGCAGUGCAGCGUGUGUCCGAAAAAAUUUUCAACGAAAAAGUUUCUUAACAUCCACGAAAAAUACCACCGAAAGUUGGGUGAGAAAAAGUGGCACUGUGCGACCUGUGACAGAUACUUCGCGUACGAGUCUAUGCUUCGGCAACACAAUCGGACGGCACAUUCCAACGAAUAUACGUAUGUGUGCCAGGACAGAGACAAUGCUAUUGAUGAUACCCAGAAUGACCCAUUUGGGGAGAAAGAAGGACCUAGCGUUGGAAAGGAAAUGCUUCAUGUUGAUCAGAAAUCUCGAAUCGAUGAUGACGCUGAUCAGGACGAGGGGGCUGAUGGGGAGUCGGAUGAGGAUGAAAUGUCGUCGGCUGUGAACGAGCCGCAAAUAAAAAUGGAAUCAUCAGGAGUGGAUGCGACACCAGAGAAAACAAAAAGAGUAAAUAGAGUGGAUCAAAGUUGGCGGAAAAAUCUCAAUAGUGAGCAAUUUAUCGCGGAAAACAUCACUAUCGUAUGUGACACGUGUGCAGAGAAGUAUGAAAGCUUCCAGCAACUACAGCAGCAUUCGCUGGAGAAGCAUCAAAAGCGGGCCUACGUAUUCUGUUGUGACCUUAAGUUCUGUACGAAACCCCGGUUGAUGGAUCACAUUCAAUUCCAUUUGAAUCCGUUGCAGUUCCAGUGCGAUAUUUGUUCGAAAACGUUCCGACACAGCGAAGCUCUGAAGUACCACAAGGACAAACUGCACAGUGGGGAAGAGAAAAAUUUGCAGUGUAGCAUGUGUCCGAAGAAAUUUUCACAGCAAAAGUUUCUUAACAUCCAUGAAAAGUAUCACCGUAAGUUGGAUGAGAAAAAAUGGCACUGUGCGACCUGUGACAGAUACUUCGCGUACGAGUAUAUCCUCCGGCAACACAAUCGAACGGUGCAUUCCAACGAGUAUACGGAUGUGUGCCAGGAUAGUACUACUAUUAAAGAUACUCAGAUGGACACAGUUGGGGAGCAAGAGAGCCCCAGCAUUAAAAAGGAAAUGCCUUAUGUUGAUCAGAUUUCCCUUUCCGAUGAUAACGUUGAUGAUGAAGGCGUUGAUCGGCAGUCGGAUGACGGUGAAAUGUCAAACAAAGGAUUGUCGUUGGCUGUGAACGAGUCCGAAAUAAACAUGGAAUUAUCAGACGUGGAAUCGACAUCGCAGAAGCAGCGAAAAGGGGGAAAUCGGGUGGGAAGACCGGAGCAAAGUUGGCGGAAGAAUCUCAAUAGUGAGCAAUUUAUCGCGGAGAACGUCAACAUCGAAUGUGAUACGUGCGCAGAGAAGUAUGACAGCUUUCAGCAGCUGCAACAGCAUUCGCUGGAAAAGCAUCAAAAGCGGGCCUACGUGUUUUGUUGUGACCAUAAGUUCUGCACAAAACCCCGGUUGAUCGAUCACAUCCAAUUCCAUUUGAAUCCAUUGCAGUUCCAGUGCGAUAUUUGUUUAAAACCGUUUCGACACAGCGAGGCACUUAAAUAUCACAAGGACAAGAUGCACAGCGGGGAAGAGAAAACUCUACAGUGCAGCAUGUGUCCGAAAACAUUUUCAAAACAAAAGUUUCUUAACAUCCACGAAAAGUACCACCGUAAGUUGGGUGAGAAAAAUUGGCACUGUGCGAUCUGCGAUAGAUACUUCGCGUAUGAGUCUAUCCUCCGGCAACACAACCGAACGGUACAUUCCAACGAAUAUACGUACGUGUGCCAUGUAUGUGCAAGGGGCUUCUACGUACGGACGUCGUACGUUGCGCAUAUGGAGACACACGAUGAAAAUUUGAAACGAACUAAGCCACCGGAUGAGCGAGUUCAGUGCUCAAGGUGUGGAAGUUGGGUAUACAAGAAGGGACUGCGAAAGCAUAUGCUCCGCCACUCGGGUACCCAAACGUGUGAACAUUGUGGCCAGGAGUGUAAGAGCGAAAUGGCGCUGAGGUAUCAUUUAGCACAGCACCGGAUGGGUGAUUUCAAAUGUUCGCUUUGCGGAAAGGCUUUCAAACGACAGCUCACGUUGAAGGAACACAUGGCCUCCCACACUGGUGAAGUAUUGUACCAAUGUGACUUCUGUGAGAAGACGUUUAAUUCCCAUGCAAAUCGUGCUUCGCACAGGAAGAAGAUGCAUCCGAAGGAAUGGUUUGAAGACAAGAUGCGGAAAAAUCCUGAACACCAGAAUGAGGAGAGUCCAAUAACUGCUGAAGCAAUUUCAUGAAGAAUACCAGAAGAAUUCCACGCCAAAUCAGCUGGCCGUUAACCCGACCCUCUCGGGUUUUUUUUAAACUUGGUACUUCUGAUGGAAAUUACCUAUAAUCACAAUUUUCAUUAUCGUAUGACCAAUUUAAUUUACGACUAUUUUUUUUAAAAGGGCGUUCUCAAAAUCUUUGAUCUUUCAAAAAUUCGUAACUCGAAAUCCAGAUGUCUGAUUAAAAUGUGACAAAGUUUUUGGAAAAUUAGGAAGAAUAACAUUUUAAAUGCACUUGUGGGUAUAAGCAUAUGCACAAAUACACGGAUACAUAAAGUUUA